AUGGGGUGCGUAGUCAGCAGUAAGGUGCUCCCAGAAACCCUGGAACCUCCUCUCAAGAAGAACCCAUACUACGUCAAGUGGAUCAGUGCCAUGGUCCCUGUUCAGUUCAAUUGUGAGCCAGUGAAAUGCAAGGCAGAAUUCUGGGGGCUGCAAGAAGAACCUAAAAGAGAUCGGGACAUUGAGGAAAAAAAGAAUCAAGUCGCCCGGUACCGUGCAAAAUUUGACCCCAGAGUUACAGCAAGAUACAAUAUCAAGGCUCUUAUUGGAAGGGGAAGUUUCAGCAGAGUGGUAAGAGUUGAACAUAGAGCUACACGUCAACCAUUUGCCAUCAAAAUGAUUGAAACAAGAGCGAAAGAAGGCAAGGAAGUCUGCGAGUCAGAGCUUAACAUCCUCAGAAGAGUCAGCCACCAUAACAUCAUCCAGCUCAUUGAAGUGUUUGAGGCUCACGACCGAGUGUAUAUGGUGAUGGAACUAGCCACAGGAGGAGAACUGUUUGACAGAAUUAUUGCUAAAGGAUCCUUUACUGAACGAGAUGCAACCAAGGUGCUCCAGAUGGUUUUAGAUGGUAUAAACUACCUCCAUGGACUUGGAAUCACACACAGAGAUCUAAAACCAGAAAAUCUUCUUUAUUACCACCCUGGAGCUGACUCCAAGAUAUUGGUCACUGACUUUGGCUUGGCAAACUCUGGUAACAAAGGAGGGGACUGGUCGAUGAGGACCAUAUGUGGGACUCCUGAAUACAUUGCACCUGAGAUUAUUCUGAGAAAACCUUAUAGUAAUGCAGUGGACAUGUGGGCUCUUGGAGUCAUUACUUACAUUUUACUAAGUGGAUCUAUGCCCUUUGAAGAUGAAAACCGAACCAGACUUUACCGGCUGAUCCUUAAAGGAAAAUACAGUUACUUAAGUGAUCCAUGGCCAAGUGUUUCCAAUCUUGCAAAGGACUUUAUAGACCGCUUACUCACUGUAGACGCCAAAGACCGGUUAUCAGCCAGUGAUGCCAUCCAACAUCCGUGGAUCAAAACCAUGGCGGCUUCAUCAUCCAUGAAGAACCUUCAUAGGUCAAUCUCCCAAAACCUAAGAAGAAGAGUCUCAUCUCGAUGUCAGAGUACCAUGUCCGAGCAGUCAAUGAAGUCUGGUAACUCCAACAAGUCCCGGAGGAUGAAAGAGAUUAUGGAACGCAAUAUGCGUUAUCAUGCACACGUCGUGAGCCAUGAGGUCUCGCACUGAGCAUGUCACACAUUGUUAUACCUCUUCCACAUAUUUUUUAUUGAUAGUUUACUUUUCACUCAUAGACUUUUUAUAUAAAAACUCAACACGAUAAUGAGAACCCCCCAAAAAAACAAUAGGCUUGUCACUAAUGUUGCUGAAUUAUCCCUGUAUAUAAUACGAUGGCAAAUAAUGUAUAUUUACUACUCGGCAUGUACCGGAUGUCACUAUGUGUGUGUUUAAUGGGGGUGGGGGAUUGGAAAUAUAUCCAUUAUCCAAGGUUUUAUAUAUUUGCACAAUAAUGGACUUAAAGGGAUUGUGCCAUGAUUCUGAAUAUACAUGUAUCCCGCCCAACAGUUAUAGCUCUUAUACCACUUUCCCUAAAUACUUUCAUUUAUCAAAACUGCCUUAUUCUAAAGUUAUUAGCCUACCAUCGAGCCCUGUGGCAAAUCAGUUUUGAAUUCAGUUGCUAUUGGUUAUGUCCUGCCGUGGAGUCUUGUGAUGCUCACAGCGCU